UUCCUGUCCGUCUUUUGUAUCUCUCAGUGCUCUGAGAAAUAAGUGUGCGGGGUGAAAGAAAUGCUUUCAUUCAGAAGAGACCUUGACUGGCGCAGCUGAAGCCUGGAGACGGUAAUUCAGAAAACAACCCUGAGAGAAGAACACGAAGAAGCAUUGAGGAAGAAAAGAGGGCGCAGAACAGUGAGACCUACUUACUCUUUGGACUUUGAAUAAAAAAAAAAAAACAAGCAGAUUUUAUUUUAUUUUAUUUUUUACUUUACACAUAUCACCGUAAACCUCCCGCUUUUAUUUUCAAACCCUUCUCCAACUUCGCUCAAAUCGACUUUCAGCAGUUGUAGCUGAUGCGCCUGGCGCGCAGGAACCAUCCCUGGCUCUUUCUGGCUGUCGCUCGUGCGUAUUUACGCCGGUGGUGAGGCGGGCGCGCGCGUGUGCGUGGCAGAGAGGAGCAGUCGUUAGAAGGAUGCUGGGAGGCAAUGCCUGCAGAAAGAGAGGAUGAGAUUUGUCGAAAGGCGCUGGAAUUGCUCUCCGACCUUUGUUCAAAGGGAGAGGUGCAGGACGACAACUGUCUGGAUUUCAUCUAUUAUUUCAGGGACCUGGCCAGACCGCGCUACACCGACUCAGAUGUAUCGGUGAGUCUGCUGUCGCUGCUGGUGACCACCUGUGGUCUGGCGCUCUUUAGCGUCUCCCUCUUUGUCUCAUGGAAGCUGUGCUGGGUGCCACUCAGUGGCCGUUUCCUCCCAGAUGUCCUCAAGGGCGCACACUUCUUGGGAGGAGAUCAACAACCCGUCCUGACAGAGGUUGACGGGGAGGAAAGGGAGUACAGCGAGGAUGGUUGUGUGAAGGAGCUGUCAGCCGUGACUGUGCCUGAGUCUGCUUUGAAGAUUAGCCACACAUCACCUGACAUCCCGCUGGAGACCCAAACUAAAGUGGAGAAAAACCAGGUCCACACGCUGGCCAGGGACAGAGUUCAGAGGCAGAUUACUGAACCCACAUCAUCUGUACGGCACAACUCCAUUCGCCGUCAAUUGAAUCUGUCCAAUCCCGACUUCAACCCAGCUCAGUUUCAACGCCAAGACUCCCUCUCUGGUUUGGGUCGAAUAAAACCAGAGCUGUACAAACAGCGGUCGAUAGAUGCCGAAGACGGACGUCGGACCGACAGCUGUGGGCGUCUUCACUUCAUCCUGAAGUUUGACUUUGACCUGGAGCAGCUUAUUGUGAAGAUCCACAAGGCCCAGGACUUGCCUGCCAAGGACUUCUCAGGGACCUCGGACCCUUAUGUCAAGAUCUACCUUCUGCCUGAUCGCAAAACGAAGCACCAGACCAAGGUGCACCGCAAGACUCUCAACCCAGUGUUUGACGAGGUGUUUUUGUUUCCUGUGGCAUAUGCUGAGCUGUCGAGCCGCAAGCUGCACUUUAGUGUCUAUGACUUUGACAGGUUCUCACGGCACGAUCUGAUUGGCCAAGUGGUGGUGGACAACUUUCUGGAACUGGCUGACUUUCCUCGGGAAACAAAACUGUGCCGGGAUGUACAAUACGUGACCUCGGAUAACGUAGAUCUUGGAGAGCUGAUGUUCUCUCUGUGUUAUCUCCCUACGGCUGGUAGACUCACCAUCACCAUAAUCAAAGCCAGAAACCUAAAAGCCAUGGACAUCACCGGGGCCUCAGAUCCAUAUGUGAAAGUGUCCUUGAUGUGUGAAGGAAGGAGGCUAAAGAAAAGAAAGACUUCAACCAAGCGCAACACACUGAACCCUGUCUACAAUGAAGCAAUUGUGUUUGAUGUUCCUCCCGAGAAUAUCGAUCAAAUCAGCCUCCUCAUUGCAGUUAUGGAUUAUGAUCGGGUUGGACACAAUGAAGUGAUUGGAGUGUGCAGGGUGGGUAAUGAAGCUGAAAGCCUUGGGCGAGACCAUUGGAAUGAGAUGUUAACAUAUCCCAGAAAACCCAUCGCACACUGGCACCCUCUCAUCGAGUGGGUCGGACAGGGAGCGACAAUGAGUGGAAGCCAAGGAGGAUCCACCAACUCCCUCAAGACGCCACCGCCACCGUCACCAUGAUCACAAGCACGAAAACCAUCCAUCCUAUCAGGAUGGGAAAAUGUUGGAAAAGAGAUCAACUAAUGAUUCAAAUUAGAUGUUAAGGCUUUCGAGUGACUAACAGUAGCAUUAUCUGGUGUAGGCCAGUACUAAAACUGAUUUAUUAGAUUGAACUAAGUUUUAAUGUGCUAAGAUGACUGAAAGUCCCUCUCCUAUUCAUCCUUGUGUGUCCUCACAAACCUAAAAACUACUUAACAUUCCAGUUGAACCACCACUUUGCUCUUAUUUGUCCUAACAAUCUGUUACUGAUAAGCAUUAACAAGAUAAUGUUAUCUGAUUAAUUUAAUGUUUUGUUUUACUUAUUUUUUCAAGCUUAUUGAUGUUUGUAGAUUAUAAUCUCUUUGUUUUUUGUUUUUUUAAAGGCAAUUGUGUUUGAGCUUUAACUGUUGAUUUGUGUGAGUGGCCCGUUGUUACAUGUUUGCUUUAUAAGAAGAGAAAAGGUAGAAUUCAAGAAGAGGUUUUGUAUUUCUUCAUCUUUCUUUAUCUGUGGUUAGGAGUUGUCAAACUUUAACAUGCACUGUAUGUUAUCUGUACUGUGCAACAGCCUAAAAAACAAAGGGGAUUUUACUGGAAAGUUAGGUUUUACCUCAGUGGAACAGAGAUUAUUGUGAAGAUGUUUUGCUAAAAGACUGUUUAAAGUGGAAGAGGAUAAUAUUAGUGUUUUAUUUUGUGCAUGUUGAAUUGCCAUUCUUUGUU